UCGCAUCAACAACACACGUAUACAAAAUGGCCGCCAUGACCUCCACCUUCCUCGGCUCCGCCGUCGCCGCCAAGGCCCCCGUUAAGGUUGCCGCCAAGAAGGCCGUCGCCCCCGUCGCGUCCCUCGACGGCCUCAAGAAGAGUUUUAUCGCUAACGUUGUUCCUUCCCCCGCUCCCCUCCUCCCUUCUCAGGCUGCCGUCGUCGGUGUCUCCACCGUCCUCCUCGCCUCCCCCGCCUUCGCCGCCACCAUCAAGCUCGGCGGUGACAACGGCGAGCUCGGCUUCUUCCCCAACAAGAUCACCGUCGCCAAGGGCGAGACCGUCGAGUUCGUCAACAACAAGGCGUUCCCCCACAACGUCGUCUUCGACGAGGACAACGUCCCCUCCGGCGUCAACGCCGACGCCAUCUCCCACGAGGAUUACCUCAACGGCCCCGGCGAGAAGGUGACCAACAAGUUCGACACCCCCGGCACCUACGGCUACUACUGCGAGCCCCACCAGGGCGCCGGCAUGCAGGGCACCAUCAUCGUCCAGUAAAUUCCCGUAACGGACUGGACCGGUGCCCGACGGAGCGUCGCGUUGAGGGACCUUCAAGGGCCUUCUCGCGGCGAGAUCAUCUGCCGGAGCUUCGCGAGGAGCGGCGCGUUGCGGUGAAGAUACUUUUUUUUAUUCCAAGCGCAGCUCACCGAACAUCA